GAACGACCUUCGUACGUAUGUAGCGUUCUUAUCGGGACGCAUAUUUAUUUUUCUGACCGGCUAAACCGUGUGUUUGCUUUGCAUCAUGGGUUAACGUCAUAAAACUGUUAGCCUAUUUGUACAAACUCGCGCCCUAUAUCACACUAAUUACCUUAUUUUGGUCGCCGCAGCGGCCUUACUUCGUGUUGGUAGACUGUAUUGGACUAGCUGUAAAGCUAGCUCAGUUCUUCCUUCCCAACAUCUAACCUGGCGUUUUACAACGAGGGUCACACCUGAAACUAGUGAGGAACAGAUAUGGAGAACAUAACAGACGUAACGGAUGUGUCCUAUUUUCAUGACUACGACGACAUUUUUGGGAACCGGAGUUUCUUCACGUUCUUAAGCGAGUUCCAGCGAGCACAGCCCCAACUUGUGUACGUAGAGGUCACCAUACUCAUCGUCAUUACGAUUGCAGCUUACGUCACCAACAUCACCCUAAUCCUGGUGCUGACCCGGGACCGACAGAUGCACAACUGGACCAACUACCUGAUCGUCCACCUGUGCUGUGUGGACAUCCUCCUGGCCAGUACUGCCCCCUUUAUCGCCGCCGCACGGGUCACUCAGAGCUGGGCCAUGGGGCCGGGUGUGUGUCACGGACUGAUGUACACCAUGACGUUAUCCGCUACAGUCACCAUGUGGACCAUGGUUCUCAUCAGUGUGGAACGGUGCCACACAAUCGUCAAGCCGUUCAAAAAAGGAUGGAUCGACUACGACAAGCGUCACUUCGCCGGGACAUUGAUAUUAGCUUGGGCAGCCUGUGGUCUGUAUUGCUUACCGAUCGCUCUAUAUUUCAAAGAAAGGACCUUCAGUAUAGUUGAUGAUGACGUCAUGAUUUGCACGUUGGUAUGGCCUGCGCCGGGGGCGUCGUACGCCUUUACCAUACCGUUUCCUCUUCUGACGUUUUGUGUCCCCCUGGUUAUCAUCAGCGUGAACUAUUACAGGGUGUUCAAAACGUUCUGGUCAUCGCGCGCUCGGCUGAACUCGACAAGAGACAUACCUCUCCCCUCGCUUUCCUCCGACAGAGGGAAAGACUCUCCAGCGAGCGUUGGUAAACACCAAAGUACAUUGCCUCGGCAAUCAAGUAUAGUAAACAUCGGGAACUUGAAAAGAAUAAAAGCUUCACCGUUCUCGGGGAAGGACAUCCGCGUAGUGAAGGUUCUGAUCAUGCUGGUUGUGACGUUCUUCAUCAUGUGGCUUCCUGUCAUGAUCAUGAUUCUGCUGAUUCAGUUUGACGGAGAUAACACCAUCCAAGGACACGUACUGAAGUCCCAUCAUUUUGUGGCUGUCCUGUGUUUCACGCUCUGUAACGCCAUCCUCAACCCGGUGUUUUACGGACUUCUUAAUCAGAAUAAUCGAAAUGGCGUGCGGAAACUUUGUAGGUCAUGAUCGUACAGUAAUUCUCAUCAGACAUAGCUUGUUUUGUUGUUCGCUAAUACAUUUCACAAUUGAACAAAUACAAAUGAUACAAUCUGCCAUGAUGACAUUUGCUUGGAACUUGUAGUAUUUUGCCAUAAUCAUUGUCACAAAUGCAAAAGUUUACGGCAACGUUAGAAGAUUUUUAAGCGUCACGAGGCUGAAAUUAUCUAAUUAACUAUAUAUAAUUAUCUCAUAUGUAAACUCCUAUUUUUAACAGUCUAAACUGUCUUAUUUUUGUACAGGAAGACGCCAAGGCCUGUGUGGGACAAUAUGCAAUGGUUUAAGGUUCCUAAAGGCAUUUGAUUUGUAGUAGCUGCAUUGACUGUGACUUAAAAAAUUAGUUAUUCUAUAUCAAGAACGAUAAUACCCUUGUAAAGCUAGAGGACAUUUUGAAAACAAGACAAUAAGUUGUUUGAUCACAAAUCGUACCUGUGUGCUUCAUUCGCAUUUGACCACCA